AUGCGAACACGUCUGUACUCCUCGGCGCCACCUGGCGUCAUCCUCCAAGAAAGGGAAGUCCGCCCCAGCGCAACGUGCAAUCAUCCUGUAUAUUUGGUUUCCAUAGAUUACGAAAAGUUCCUGGGCAAGUGGUGGAUCGUGCGAGCCACGGCCAGCGUGUUCCACGAGGGUGAACAGUGCGCGCACUUCACGGUCAACCGCAAGGCAGAGCAACUGUACAACAUGACAGCUGAGUUCCGUAUUGUCAAUGGCCGCACCCGCCGACUGUCUCUUGAUCUUGCAGACGAUGAGAACCCUGCCCAGUACACAGCUUCACUUAACGACAAACCGCUAAUCUGGGCAACAAUUCUCGGCACCGAUUACGAAAACUGGGCUGUGGUGAAUAUACGUGAAGGCACAUAUGUGUCAACUGUGGUGGCCUCUCGGAAACCGACCUUGGACCCUGACUUUCACAAAACUGUCCAGUCAAUCGCCGAAAAGAACAAGAUUAUGCAAGAUUUCCGCGGCGUGCUCACAGAAGAAUGUCGCGACAGCAUUUAAGAACUACAAAAAGUAUCAUGCGCUUACUGGAUUCAUUGACCACGUCAAUCAAUCCGGGCGUCGGGAGAAAAAUAAAGUGCCUGCAUUGAAGCAGUCGGAGGAGCUUCCAUAA